AUGAGUUGCUCAGCUGUUUACCUCGACAUAAGAAUUGGAGAUGAGAAAAUCGGCCGGAUAGUUGCCGAGCUUUUUCAUGAUAAGGCCCCAAAAAGUGCGUCAAACUUUUAUCAUCUAUGUAAAGGUGACAUAAAAAUUGACGGCAAUCAAUUAAGUUAUAAGAAUAAUUACUUCCAUAGAAUUGUAAAGAACUUUAUUGUGCAAGCUGGUGAUAUUAUUUUCGGAUCAGGAAAGUUUGAAAAAUCAGAUGUCAUAGGUAAAGGUGGAUGUUCAAUUUACAGCACAGCGGAGGAAUGGUCAAAGAGAGAUGAAGAAACUUAUGGACCUAGCUGUUUUGGUAACUUCCCUGACGAAAAUCUCGGUGAAUUCGACCAACCAUUUUAUCUGGCUAUGGCCAAUCUAGGUGUUCCAGAUUCUAACAGCUCUCAAUUUUUUAUUACAACGUGCGCAUCGCCUCACUUGAAUGGAAAGCAUAGUAUUUUUGGUCGAGUCACACAUGGAAAGUCGGUAGUGCACACAAUAGAAAAUUCUAAGGUUGACGAAGAUGGAUUUCCCCUGAAGCCAAUCUUAAUUGAAGAUUGCGGUGAAUGGCAAACGUCAAUGGGCGUUCCAUUGUUCAAUGCAUCCAAUAGCACUUUGGGAGGUGAUAUAUAUGAAGAGUAUCCAGAUGAUGACCAAAACUUUGAUGGGGAAUCAUUUGCUGAGGCAUACAAGGCGGCUAAUACUAUUAAAGAGUCAGGGACAUUGUUUUUUAAGAAACAGGAUUAUCAAAAUGCUUUGUUUAAGUAUAAAAAAUCUUUACGAUACCUCAAUGAGUAUAUCCCGGAUACUGAAAUUGACGAAGAGCACAACUUAAAGUUUACGGACUUGAAAAUGAAACUUUAUUUAAAUAUUUCGUUGGUUUUGUUUAAAUUACAACGAUAUGACGACGCAAUAACACAAACAGACUAUCUUCUGGAUAUGGAAGGGGUCCAGCAACUCAGCCGUGCGAAAGCUUUUUACAGGCGGGGAAACUGCCACUUGGCGUUGAAGCGUCUAGAAAGUGCAUUGGAAGAUUUCAAAAAGUGUAAGGAAAACAACCCUGACGACACUGUAGUGGAUAAAAAAAUACAGGAAGUCGAAGAUCGUCUAAAUGCUAUCAAACAAAAAACAAAGAAGAACAUAGCCAAGUUUUUCUCAUGA